CGGAAGUGCCUGGAGCAAGAUUACUUGUUUGCGAACAUCCACCAACAAAGCUGCAUCAUUGAAGAUCUUGCAAGCACUUUAAUGUACUUGAGCCACUAUGUUUUAAACACAUGCCAAACGUCUAGCUAGUAAACCAUUGUAAAUUAUUAUUUACGUCAUCGUCUUCGUUGUGUUUAAUAAGGUAGCUGGCUAGUUAAGUUAGCACUAGCUUUGUCGCUAACGAUUGCAGGCUUGCUAACGAUAGCAGACCUGACAAUGAGCUCUCUAAACUACUCUCCUGCUACAGAAGUAGUAUGCUGGACAGAGAACGAGGGUUUGUGGCUGAACAUUGUUGUCAAAGAAGAAGAGGAGGAGGUUAUUGUAAAUACAGGAGGAGAGGUAGAAGCUGUUUCUGUGAUACAAGAGGAACGACGGUUCAGUGUGAAAGAGGAGGAGGAUGUUUCUGUGAAAGAGGAAAGACCGUUUAGUGUGAAAGAGGAGCAUGGUGUUCCUGUUAAAGACGAGGAGAAAAAUAGGGAUGUUGCUUUUGGAGAUGAGGAAGAGGAGAUAACUGUCACAUUGAAAACGGAGAAGGAUGACGAAGAGGUGAAAAGCGGAGAUCUGAUUAACAUCAGAGAAAGACAGAAUUAUCCUGAAUCCUCCGGGGAGAUUCAACAACACCAAGAUCCUGACAAGGACAACAGCAGCCUACCCCUCCCAUCCGUCCCUGAGGCCCUGGGUCUGAAGAGGGUGUCAGUGCGGCUGUUUGACUUCCGGAAAACACUAAGGGUGAUUGGAACCGUGAGAAGACGACAGGGAGACUUGACACAUCAAAGGGUGUCUCUACAACAUGGUCCUGAAGAGGCAGAGAAGAGUCUCUCCAAAUCCCAACACCUCAAGAAACACCAGCAGAGACCGACAGGAAAUAAACCUCACCACUGUUCUCAGUGUGGAAUUCGUGUUUCUGGAUCAUUUUUUAUGAUAUCGCACAAGAGAUCUUGUGAAAAGUCUUCAGAUGUAUGUGAGAAGUGUUUUACUACCUCAGGUGAUAUGAUUGUACCCAAGCAAACCCAAACUGGUCAGAAACGUUACCACUGCUCAGACUGUGGGAAAAACUUUUUAACAUCACAGACUUUGGAGAUUCACCAGAGGUCUCACACAGGAGACCAUUCUUAUAGCUGUAAUCAAUAUGGAAAAGUAUUUGGUCAAGAUGAUCAACUUAUUGAGCGCCACCAAACAGAUUUGGGCGAGAAACCUUAUAGUUGCUAUAAGUGUGGGAAGAGUUUUAAUCAACCCAGCAACCUAAAGUCACACCUCAGAAUUCACACAGGACAGAAACCUUUUAGCUGUGACCAGUGUGGGAAGAGUUUUGCUCAGUCAAACAACCUGAUAUCCCACCAGAGGACACACACUGGAGAAAAGCCUUAUAUCUGUAAUGAGUGUGGGAAGGGCUUUACUCAGCCUUGCCACCUGAAAUCACACCAGAGAACUCACACGGGAGAGAAACCGUAUAGCUGUGACGAGUGCGGGAAGAGUUUUACUCAGCUAAGCCACCUGACGUCCCACCAGAGAACACACUCAGGAGAGAAACCUUACAUCUGCGACCAGUGUGGGAAGAGUUUUGCCCAGUCAAACAACCUGAUAGUUCACCAGAGAACACAUGUAGGAGAAAUGCCUUCGAGCCGUUGUUUCUCACGGCUGAGCUGACCCAGCUCUGUACCUCCGGUUUCCACAUCACCACAGUCACCAUGGAAACUGUAUCCCCAAGUUUAUGACCCGUGUUGUUUUUGUUCCACCUGACCUGUCUGACCACCUGCACUUAUUCUGUGUAAAUGUGUGUAUUUAAUGAUUACUCUGUAAAUAUGUAUAUAAGAUAAUGACUCAGUGUGAGUAUGCACAUAAUUAUUACUCAGUGUAAAAGUGUAUAUAAGACACUGAGUCAUUGUAAAUAUGUACACUGCUCAAAAAGGUUAGGGGUCACAUAAAUCACACAUUGGGUCUCUAUUUACGAAAUAUAUUAAA